GGAAAAAUAAUGAUUUCCCCGGCGCGGUGUGUUUUGGUUUGAGUUUUCUCAACAUCGAGUGUGCCCGGUUUUGGGCUGAUGCGUUGAGCUACACCUGUACGAUACCUUACCUUUUUCUGCUUACUGGAAGACUAUAGAUUGUAGUUCAAGACAAAUAGUUCUUACUGGACGGAGCCUUGACUAGACUCUAGACCUAAGUUUUAAGAAUAAUAAAUCAAAAGUGGAUCAACAUGUCAAGUAUCUUGCUUCAGUUUCCACCACCUCCCAGAAGAAGUCAUGUCACUGCUCUGGAACAGGAGGGGCAAAUGAAAGAUGUUCCGGAAUCAGUUGCCUUUUCUUGUGUUCCUGAUUAUCCUGAUAUCAUUCUUAACACUGAAAGUUCCAUUCGUGUCGCAGCCCGCUGUGAAAGCGCACAACUGGCUUUCUUAUCCCAUGGACAGACAGUGUGGAAGAGAGCUUUGCACAGCUGGUACAGAGGUGGUGUUGUCUGUUCACUAGAAGAAAUUACUGAAAGCAAAGAUGAAGUGCCUGGCUGGAUGUCAUCAGUUUGCCAGACUGCUUUGAGCUGUCUUCAGAAAGUGAUUUUACUGAAGGAGUCUCUGUUUCCUCAAAUGGGGCUUUCAAGAGAUGAAAUAUUGAAGAAAUAUACACCCGUUGCAAACUGGUUCAAGAGUCCUGUGCAGGCUUUAGCUUGGCACCCACAUGUUACAAAGCUGGCAGUGGCUCUCAAAGACGAUUCUGUUCAUGUAUAUUCAGCUGGGAGCAGUCUCAAUCCAAUUCUGAAGCACAAAUUGCAAAAACAAGUGGCAGACUUGGCAUGGAAACCUUUGUCAGGAUCUGUGCUAGCAGUUGCUUGUGAGAGUUGCGUCUUGAUCUGGCAUGUGGAACCUACAUCUCUGGCUGUGAGGCCCUCGUCAAGCACUGUCCAAGUACUGCAGUCGCCCGGUCACUCCCCUGUCACCAGCUUGGCAUGGGACCCAUACAGCAGCCACUUGGUGUCCGCUUCACCAUGUCAUUCAUCUGUUUUGGUAUGGGAUGUUCCCAUGGAGACUGCGAUUCCAUUGAAAAGAAAUCGAGGAGGUGGAGUGGCACAUUUGUCGUACUCUCCUGAUGGAACAAAGCUCUUGACUGCAACCACAUCAUCUCUAUUUAGAGUGUGGGAGACCCACCACUGGCAGUGGGAAGUGUGGUCACAGCUCUCCGGAAGACUGACUGCUUCUUGUUGGAGUCCCGAUGGACGUGUUCUCUUGUUUGCAAUGGAAGGGGAAAGUGCUUUGUACGCCAUAAGGUACGCUGAAGAUAGCUGGUUGGGACAGGGGAACAUGAGCACUGCUGGCUCAUCUGUGCUGCUCGCUGAUGUGUCUCAGGUGUGCGUCUCCUCGGACUCAAGAGAAGAUGUCAAGGCUGGUGGUGCUGUCAAGUCCAUCAUGUGGGACAGCACUGGAGAGAGAGUGGCUGUGAUGUUUCAACCUGAUGAGCUGGGAAACAACUCUCUUGUGGCUGUAUUUAAAGCUAUGAUUCAUCCUGUUCUGGAGCUCAUUCCAAGUGGCUUUGUGAAAGGGAAGACAGGAGAAUCUGCUCACCACAUUGCAUUUCAGCCAAGUUUUUCGGACGGAGCGCUUUUGAGUGUGGUUUGGUCAUCUGGGCGUGUUGGCUACAUCCCCAUAAUGUUUGUGCCUUGUCAAGAUCUCCAACGCAGACAAGGCUUCAGUUUCAGACCUCUCAACUCUUCCACCCUCAAGUCCCCUUAUUCACCAUAAUUGGCCUGUAAUCUGUUAUCCUGUUUUAAAAUGUAUGUUUAUAAUCUCCUCUUGACAUUAUUUGAGACUCUGGGAAGUGAACUGUUUUCUGACAGAUGUUGUAAGAGCUGAUAUAUUGUCCAAACUGAUUGUGAUGUCAACUGACAUCAUUAAUUUAAUAAAGAAUGAAUAAUGAAGCAU